AUGAAUCUCCUUCUCCUAGCGGGCUUGUUACCCCUGGUGGCUUCCCAAUCUCUGUCGGAUCUCUACCUCGAGAACGCCCCGUCCUCUCCUCGGCCAUACAUCAUCCCCCAUUACGCCAACUCCCAUGCAGUCACGAUUGGCAGUCAACUCUACCGCUUCACGGUCACCGGACCAUCCUCCGACUAUGCGUUUACGCUGAUGAGCACCAAUGCCCCCUACAGUGGCAGUCUCGGCGUGUUGCCGCAUAUCCACCGCGAGCACUACGAGAACUUUUUCAACUUCAAGGGUCGCUUCCAGCUGUGGGCGCAGUAUGGCGAGGAGGAACAACAGGGACGCCUGUUGACUCAGGGUGAUUAUGGAUCGGUGCCGAGGAAUACCACACACACCUUCCAGAUCCUAGAUCCGGACACCGAGAUGGUUGGGGUGAUCUCCCCGGGCGGCUUCGAGGACCUCUUCUACAACCUUGGCACCAACUACACCUCGGCCACCAACACACCCUAUGUACCACAGGCGACCAAUGAUUCUUCGGCUGCCGGACCGGAUGCUGGCGGAAUAUCCGGUCUCGAAUCAUUCGAUGUCUAUGCUCAGCUAUCUUUCGAGCCGCGUCGAGACUUUGUCAAUGGCUCCGCGCCAUCCGAUGAGGGCUGGCACACCGAGGACGCUUCCCUCGGCGAGCCGGGAAAGCCCUAUUUCAUCGCCAACAACUAUGGCCCGAAGUACCUCAACUCCAAUCACGGAGCGUACCAGAUUGUCCAGCCGCUGGUUACCAAUAGCCAGGCACAGGAUACGAACUUCACCCUGUCGACCAUUAUUUUGAGCCGGCAGCGGGCGUCGAGUUCAGCCCCGACGUGGUCCACAGCCGGAGCCACGGCAUUUGAAGUCCUGGAAGGAUCCGUUCAAAUUCAGAUCGGCGACUAUCCUGUUGCUCAGCUAGAGAUGGGGGAUGUGGCCUUCGUGCCUGCGACGGUGUCGUAUAGCUAUUGGACGCAAGGGUCCUAUGCGAAGGUGUUGUCCGUCAAUGCUGGUCAGGAUGGCCUUAACCAGCAAUUGAUUGACGAGGGGAAGGAAUGGGGAUAUCCGACAUUCCCACGCUAUUGAUCGACCGGAUGGAGGACAUAUUAGCGAUCUACGAUUGGUGUGAAAACCAUGUACUGUAGUGUAUAGCCCUGAUAUUAUCAUGGAGUUUGGAUUGUUGAGCCGAGGAAAAGCGACCGGUCGCAUUGGGUGGGAUGGCGCCCGUUCCGUGUGUAAUUACAGCGAUCCCUGCCUGAGGCGCGGGGGAGCUUUUAGUGCUCGUCCGUAGUAUGAAUCAUUAGUAUGGGACGUUUGGAUUCACUUGGACAACUUCACCAGCUGCCAAGGAGCGGGGGUUGCUUGGCGAAGAGAAAAGUGACUGAUCUCUGAGAUGCCAAAGGCCAGGAUAAAGUACAAAACUGAACGGAAAUGACAGGCGAAGGACGCCGUCAACAGACUUUAUGCAAGGCAGAGCACAUCGUCCCACAUCCCACAUUCAUAGCUGGGAAAAUAGCCGCCGCCUUGG